GCACUUUACAUAAAAAAGUAUCCUGUGUCCUCCUUAUUUUCUUACAAACCGAAAAAAAACUCAUUUAUUCUUUCUUCACUUUUAUCUUUCUCCUUCCUCUACAACAUCUCCAAGGUUUCUUUUCCACAUUUGUACUUUUCCGUUUCUUUCUUUUCCUUUUCGUUUCGCUUCGUUUUAUUCGGUAAUAUUAUAGCGAACUCUCCUUUAUUAAUCCUACUGGUAGUGUGUCAUAACCGAGGAUCGUCGAGUUAGAUCCCCAUACUUUCCACUUCCGCAACUUCGUUUUCAACUUUCCCUUUCCCUCCCCUUCUCUCUUUCUUCAAGUGCUUCCUUUUUGCUUUUAUUUUCCUGGGCAUUUUUUGCUUUUUUACUGUAGCUAUCCGCUCUUCUUCUUCCUCCUCGUUCCGAGGCUUUCCAACUGACCUGACGCUUUUCUUUUUGCUUCUGUUUUGGUUGCUCGUCUCUGUUUGUUGUUCCGCUUGACUUUUGCUUUGUAUCGUUGAUUUUUGUUUCUCUUUUCGCAACAUUCUAAAGCGCUCCUGUUUUCCUUUUUGGUUUUGUUUACUGCGACAGGAACGACCGUCUCUGCUUGCUUUGUUGUGUAUCUUUGAUCGUCGCUCUUUUGUUGGCUUACCCAAUUUAUCAUCAACACAGCUUGAGCUCAGCGCCUUCGGUACCCUGUAGUUUCGAUUCACUUACAAUUGGCUUUCUCUCUUCUCCAAACAUUAGUCCCUCCCUCUUGUUUGGUCGGCUACAUCCGCACUGCUCCGCAAACGACUUUUCUCUCAAAUCUUUUGAACACUACAUAGGAACUUGCUUUCAGUCGGUUCCUUUUUCCGUGUUUGCAAAUAUUCUCGUCUAACCCUGUUUGCAAUUAUCGUCAUCUAACUUUUGGUAAAUUUUUACUCCUCCCUAAACUCAGGCUUGCGUAUAUCUAAGAAAAGGCAUAAUUUUCGUUUAUUUUUUUAGCAAUCCUCUCACCUCUUCUCUGGAAUUGCUGAAAAUAUUUCACUAUCUAAGUGACCAGCCGAUUACUCCUUUUCUUUCUUUCUCAUCUAUUUAUUCUUCAAUCCAUAGUUUAUUUAUUGAACGUUUCUUUCCUUUUUUCUUCUCUCUUUCUUUUUGUUGUUCAUUCUGUCACUUGUGUUCUUUCGUUUUUUUUUUACCUUUGCCUCAAUAACACAACUAUUCCGCUGUUGCGUUUCUUUUUUUUUUCGCUCUUCUAAUCUUGAUUUACUUCUUGCCUUUCCUCACUGGCUCUAUCUCUCAUUCUCCAAUUUUCUCAUACUUUUAUCGUCUUUUACUACGAUUUUCCUUCUGUAAUGGACUUACAAAGCAUCUUGCAACCCGUGUCGGGUCCCGCUUUUUCUGCCACUCCUCCUUCUUCCAUUGCUACCACCAUGGACCCUUCCCCUGGAAUUACCUAUAAUCCUUCAUCUUAUUCUUUACGUAAUAAUACUUCGGCUCCUGUACAGCCAGUUUCCAAUACUGUUUCUUCACAUCCCAUCUCUACUACAUCCUCUCAUCCUCCACCUCACAUAUCUUCUCUGAUUUCCUCCCCUGAUUAUACCCAUCCUCUUACUCCCCUUAGUGCUGUCUACCACCCCCACCCAACUUACAGUUUGGUUACGAACUCUCUUCCUUGCUCCUAUUAUGCUCCUGCUGCCCCUACUUCUUCGUCAGUUCCAGCUUCUGCUCGUCAUCCGAUUUCUAACAUCUCUAAUCUUGUCAACCAUUCUCCUCCUUCACAAUCCGAUUUUCCUUCUGAUCAACAUGUUCGAUCUCGUGCAUCUCCUCCCCUACCUUCCAAAGGAGAACAAAAUUGCUCCAUUUCCCCCAUUCUUAACCCAACUAAUCGUUCUCCAUCAAAAACACCCAAUUCUUAUCCCGCAUACUCGAAUCCAUCUUUACCUGCUUCUCCUCCGUCAGUCACUUCUUCUACCGAUCAACACCCCAGAGAAUUUACAAAGAAGCGUUCCCUUUCCGAUGAAGAUGUAGCUUGGCAACUCAUUCGUCUAGGCGGUACUUCUUCUUCCGAUCAGCGAAAUUCUGACUCUACCGCCCAAGUUCCCUCUACGAAAAUCAAUCAUGAAUUUCCCAAUUCCAAGAAAUUGGCACACAUGUCCAGAUCUGAUCCCUUAAUAGAUCCUCAUCGUCACGAUUUAUCAUCGGACGACUCUGCACACUCUUUUUCUAAACGGCGCCGCUCUGACAAUAACUCGAAGUAUUCGAAUAGUCACUCUUUCUCAGUUUUUCAUCAACUUACUUCGAAACAUAUGGAAGAUACCAAAGAGUUGCCAACAAGUAAAAGAUCGGAUAAUCUUUCGGACUCAUACACUAACGCAGGCUCAUUCCCAAGUUACUUUGAUUCUUCUUCAUUCUCAAAAAGUCGCUGUUCCCGCUGUAGGCGUUCAAAGAAGGGGUGUGAUCGUCAAAGACCGUGUGGAAGAUGCCGUGAUGCUGGUCUGAAUUUGGAUGAAUGUGUAAGUGAUGAUGAGCCUUCCAAUGUGGGUAGGCGAAAAUCAAAAGGCCGUGGUCGUGGUAGACCAAAAACAAGGAAUUGAUAUACAUCUUUCCUUUUCUGAAGCUCUACAUUGCGUCCUUUUCCUUUAUUACAUAUUUAUACCAAGUCUUAUAUAUUAUUUAUCUUUCUAAGAAAGCCAGAAUUACUACGAUCAGUUUUUUUUUCUUUUUUGAUUUCUACGACAAGUUUCCCUAUACUACUUAAUUAGUGUAGAUUAAUAUAUAUCUGAUGACUCUAUGUUGCCAAAAUCCAUAUUAUUAUAUUAAGUCAUUACCCUAAUAUUUUACCGUGUUUGUAAUUCCCUUUUACCUUUUUUUGAAGACAGCAUUCAACAUCCUUUGAUGCUGCGUUCUUUCUUUGCGAACAUCGUGUUUUCUUUCAUAUUUGCGUAACUUUUUCUUAGUAGCUAUUUCCGGAUCCACAACCUGCUCGAUGGCUCGCUUUUCACGUCGUUCGCGUCUAACAUCUAGACUAGCUUGACGAACUUCUUGAUAUGCAUUGACAUACUCAGUUGUUCCGACCUUGGAUUGAAGGACAUCAAGAGACUCAAUGACAAUAUCUACAAGUUCUUGUUGUAUCUUUUUUUCUGCCUCAUUUAACUCAGUAUAUCUGUACAAAGCGCUUAUAAUAUCUCUCAAAACAGGCAGUAAUUCUUCGCUUGAAAAUAGACGAAUAACAAUUACGAACCAUUGAAUCAUGUAUUUCUUGCUUAAAUCCAUACUUUCAACUUUUUGUUUUCUUAAGCUCUUAUACAUGCGUCUAAAUAUGUCC